UUACUGUUGGUUAAGAAGCGAAUUAGCAAUUGUAACUAGUUUCAGUCAACAUGCGCGAGACGAACGAAAAAUGUUUGACACCAUUCUUUCGUGGAAUCGACAAUAAUAAAGUAUAAUAUAGUACAAUGGCACAAAGUAAAGUAAAAUAGUAUAGUGUAUAGAAUAUGGUAUAAUUGUGUUAAAACCUACAUCAAUUGUUGUGUGAUAAAAUGAAUUCUCGAGGUAAACCAAGCACAAGUAGUGUGCAUACAAAUAAACGAAAAUAUACAAGUUUGACGAUUCAACGAAAAUUGGAAGCACUGAAGAAGAUAGAUGCAGGUGUAUCCACAAGCAAAAUAGCACUGGAACAUAAUGUUAAUGAAAGUACAGUGCGAAGGUGGAUUCACAAACGAAAUAAAUUGGAAACAUACAGUCAACCAUCCACAACUAAACGCAUACGCGUGUCUCCAAUGGAAAAAGUGAAUGAAGCUUUAACAAUUUGGUUUAAUGCUGAAAGAAGGAAAAACAAUCCAAUCAGUGUUAUACAAAUAAAAGUGAAAGCUCAACAGUUCUUUAAAAAAUUCGGUGGAAGUGAAACAUUUAGAGCGAGUGAUGGAUGGCUCCAAAAUUGGAAACGGAGAAACGGCAUUCGUUUUUUAGCAACACCCGGCGAACAAUUAUCUGCGGCUGCCGAAGCAGCAAGCGAGUUCAAAGAGGAAAUAUUACAUUUUAUAGAGGCAGAACAACUAAGUUUGAAUCAAAUAUUUAAUGCGGACGAAGCAGAACUGUUUUACAAAGUUAUGCCAAAUAAAACGUUAAUUUUUAAGUCUGAAUACUCAGCUCCAGGAUACGACCAACUAAAAGACAGAUUAACGAUAAUGACGUGUUGUAACGCGAACGGUUCUUUAAAAUUACCAUUACUGAUAAUUGGAAAACAUAAAAAACCACGAGUGUUGAGAAAUUUAGCCCCACAUUUAUUACCCGCCAAGUAUACAACUCAAACGAGUGCCUGGAUGAGCUCUGCCAUCUUCGAGAGAUGGUUCAAAGAAGAUUUCGUACCGGAAGUAGUAAAUUUUUUACGGUCGCAGGGUUUACCAGAAAAAGCGAUUUUAUUAAUAGAUAAUGCCAAAUCACGGGCAUCAAUGAGUACGUUAACUGUUGGUGGAAUCAGAGCUAUAUUUUUUCCAACGAAUGUAACUUCUCUUAUUCAGCCUCUUGACCAAGGUAUUAUUGAGGCAAUGAAUCGGAGAUAUAAGAUUAAUCUAUUGAAAUUUAUAAUAAAUGCUCAAGCCGAUGGAUUGAGUUACAAAGAAGCGAUGGAUUCACUAUCUAUUAAAAAUGCGAUAGAUUUAAUCAGUGACGCUUGGGAUCAGAUUUCUGAAAACACGAUUUCCAACUGUUGGAUGAAAUUAUUAAAUGUACCAGUCGAUGAAGAUGACGCUGAUGAUGUAACUUCUGAAUGUAUCCAUGAAAUGUACAAACGAAUCAGAAAUCAAGAACAUAUUACAUUAGACGAUAUUAAUGAAUGGGUUCAUGGUGAUUGUUUACCAAGUUUAACAGAUGAGGAAAUAAUUGACGUUGUACAGCACCUUUCCGAUGAUGAAACUGAUUCAAGCGAUAAUGAAGAAUCCACGGAAAGUAAUAUUUCUCCGGCAACGGCAAUAGACGGUUUAAAUUGUGCCAUACAAUUUUUCGAACAAUCAAGAUUAAUUACACAAUCGGAAAUGAAUAACUUGAAAAGGAUAAAACGGAGAUUAUUUAAAAUUAAAAAUCAAAUUUAUUUUGAGAAAAUAUUUAUUGCAAACUUGUGACCUGCAAGCUUUGUUCUUCUGAACUUCUGUACAUAAAUAAAAUAAUUAAAUGAAUUUAACUAAU